AUGAUCCUGCCGGUGAUGUUCCUGUGUCUCUCAGUUGUGCUGCCUCUGUCCAUCAGAGAGGAACUGGAACUUUUUGAUGUUCUGUCAACUAGCAAAGUAGAUCAACAAAAACUGAUUGCUGACAAACAUAAUACCCUCAGGAGAGGAGUGAAACCAACUGCCAACAACAUGCAGAAGAUGGAAUGGUCUCCUCCAGCUGCAAGGAAUGCCCAAAAUUGGGCCAAUCAUUGUAUUUUAAGUCACAGGCUUUCUGACAUGAGGCAAAUCCCUAAGUGA